CCCCAACAGGAAGUAGAUUGUUUGCAGACUCUUGCCCCGCCCCCUGGUUUUUCUAGGAAGUAUUAUUGUGAAACACUCAGUCAGACCCGCUCAGCUGCAGAGGCGACAGGAGCAGUUAAACCUCCGAUCAGCAAAGAUGACCGAGCUGCUGAAAGAUCAGGUGUUCAUGGCCUUCACCACCCAUGCGGCCAUCGUCACUCUCAAGUUGCUGUUGAUGGGGCCUCUGACUGGAUACUUUCGCAUCACCAGAGGGUCUUUUGUCAACCCUGAAGAUGCACCUGGGAAAACGGUGGAGGAAAAAAAGAAGACGUUGAAACCCAACGAAGACGUCGAGAGAGUUCGAAGGUGCCAUCAGAACGACCUGGAGAACAUCCUCCCGUUUGUUUUCAUCGGCCUGCUUUACGCCCUGACGGGACCUUCGCUCUCCACCGCCCUCAUCCACUUCCGCAUCUUCACCGGCUCUCGUUUCUGCCACACGAUUUCCUACAUCCUGGCUCUGCCUCAGCCCUCCAGGGGUCUGUCCUAUGGUGCAGGCCUGGGGGUCACCAUCUCCAUGGGUGUCCAGGUGCUCCUCAAGGUUCUGGUCCUGUAGAGACGAGUCCUGCUCCCACAGAGGAUUCCAUACAUGAGAUGUUGUCUCAUUCCGGUCUCAUCGUUGCACAUCCUCUGUACUGCUGGAAUUGUUCGGGGAAGUAAAGUUUUUUCUCAACAGUG